AUGAGACUUGCUUACUCUUUAUUAUCCCUUACCACGGUCCUCGGCGUCAAUUUGGGCGGAUGGUUUGUUUUGGAGCCUUAUAUGACUCCUUCAUUCUUCGAGCCUUACAACGACGAGAUUGUGGACGAAUACCACUUGACGCAGAAGCUCGGUCAGAAGGAUGCCCAGAAGCUUUUGGAAAAGCACUGGAAGUCGUGGUACACUGAGAAAGACUUCAGGGAAAUUGCAGCCGCCGGGCUCAACACCGUGCGUAUCCCCAUUGGCUACUGGGCCUUUGUGCUUCUCCAGGAUGACCCAUACGUGACGGGUCAGCAGAAGUACUUGGACAAGGCAAUUGACUGGGCCAGAAAGCACAACUUGAAGAUUUGGAUUGAUUUGCAUGGCGCCCCCGGCUCGCAGAACGGUUUUGACAACUCUGGUCUCCGCGACCAGAUCGAGUACCAAACCGACGGCAACAUCAAGGCGACUUUGACUGCAUUGCAAUCAAUCUUCAACAAGUAUGGUGAUGAGAAGUACCUGGAUGUCAUUUCUGGAAUUGAGAUGUUGAACGAGCCCUUUGGCCCGCUGUCGGACAUGAAUCAGCUCAAGAACUUCUACGGAUGGGCGAAUGCAAAUGCACGUUCCGUCACGAAGAACACGCUUGUAUUCCACGACGCGUUCCAGUCCUUCAACUACUGGGACGACUUCUUCACCACUGACGCCUACAGCAACGUGAUUGUCGACCAUCACCACUACCAGGUCUUUAGCCAGCUGGAGUUAGAGAUGACUAUCGAUGAACAUAUCCUGGUGGCCUGUGGCUGGGGCACUAGCGCUCUCACCGAGAGCGUAACGAAUGUUUGCGGCGAGUUCUCGGCUGCCCUCACAGACUGCGCACCCUGGCUCAAUGGAGUUGGCCGUGGUGCUCGCUGGUCCGGUGACUACGACAGCUCUUCGCUUUCAAACCUGUGUACCGCGUACACCCACUUGAGUGAUUGGACGGCCGAGCACACGGAGAACGUGCGCAAAUACAUUGAGGCACAACUCGACGCGUUCGAGUUGACUGGCGGCUGGAUCUUCUGGAACUGGAAGACCGAGGAUGCUAUUGACUGGGAUAUGGCCCGACUUAUUGCGGCGGGCGUGUUCCCACAGCCAUUGAGUGACAGGAAAUACCCCAACCAGUGCGGGUUUUAA